CUUUAGGCACCCCAGGGGACCACCUGAACUUUAGGCACCCCAGGGGACCACCUGUCUUCCUGUGUCUAAGUAGCACCAAAAUAUAGAUCAGGAUAAAUUACAUAUAUAACGAGUUCAUCGUAUAGGGGUGGUUGUUAUAUUGCGGUGGUCGUCGCCACACACCACACUUUGUUAUGAACCGGGUGUACAGAGACGCUGGGGGUGAGUGGACAUACUUUAUAUGAAAUAGGGAAUGUAAUAAGGCAGCUGUUGUCUGGGGAAGGUGACAAUGGUUAGCUGGAGCCUGUGACACAACACGUACACAAACACCCACCACCUUGUUGAGGCUCUCACGUAACAUUGAGGGUGAGGACGGACCAGAGCCAGGACAAGCAACUACACUGUGUGGUGAUGACGCACAAACAGCGGCAUUAGAGACGAGAAACACACGAUACUUCUAGCGUUGAGAUGAAAGUUAUGACAGUAAUGAAAAAAACAAAAACAAUACAUUGCUUUGAUUUUCGACGUGGAUUAACACAAUCUCUCAUACUGGUGAGGCAAAACGACAAACAUGUUGAUGGUGACUGUCCACCUGAUACUACUUUAUGUCCAACACCACAGCACAACCAUCCUCCCUCAGACAUGUUUGGAUGGUUGUGUGACGGUGAGAGUACAUGGCAAGUUGUGUGACGCUAACGGUAACUGUACUUGACUGUGAAGACCUUGUGGAGUAACGCAGCUUCUCUGUGUUACAGGUACUUGUGGCAUCGCGGGCAGGAGACGCUGCAGGUGACAACGGCGAAGCUGCAGUUGGCGCGAGUGAUGAGGGAACAAGCUGGCAACUACUCUGUCAGCGCCCUCACCGACAGGGGCGUCAUCAACGCCUCAUUCGCCGUUAAUGUGCAGUACGGUCCAGAAAAGGUGCUGACAGGUGAUCGUGUGAAGGUGGAAGAGGGCGACAGGGUGAGCACCAAGUGUUCCGCCGCCGGCAACCCGGUCCCUCACCUCACCUGGACCAAGAACCCCAUCCACUCCCCCAACAGCUCGGGGGUCGCCCUGGGUGUAGGUGUGGGCGUGGCGCGGCUGGUGAUAGAGUCAGCGACACGGUCGGACACGGGCGUGUACUUCUGCCACGCCCACAACGUGGUGGCCUCGGCACCCCCGGCCAAGACCUACGUGGUUGUCGAGCAGGCGGUGACGGCUGCUGACGACAUCAAUGAAAGUGAAAACUCGUGGGCGGCGGUAGGCGAAAGUGGGCGGUUGUUGUGUCGGGUACGAGCCGCCCCGCCACCCACAUUUGUCUGGAGGAACCAAGGUGGCCUCAACCUCCUCAACAGUGACAAGUACACCAUCCACGAGCCUGAGCUGGUGGACGACUUAGUGGUUUGGUCGUCAGUGCUGGAGAUCAAGGACGUAGAGCCACAGGACUACGCCACCUACCGCUGCACUGCCAACAACCAACUCGGCACCCAGAACCUCCUCUUCACCCUCAACCCACCCGCACGCCCACACCCGCCCAUAAACUUUACCGUAAGCAAGGUAGCGGGCGGGGAGGUGUGGCUCAGCUGGACUCCCAACCUGGACGGCGGCGCCCCUAGCGGCUACACCCUCAAGUACAGGCCUUCGGGAUCACUCGUCUACCAGUAUAUGGAAGUGCCUGGAGGAGGGACGUCGACGGCGAGGGUGACGGGCCUGACGCCAGCCACGGAGUACACGGUCGCCAUCCAGGCCAGGAACCACCACGGCCGCUCUCACUUCGUCUCCCGCUCCAUCGUCACCUUGCUUGCCAGGAGUGGCGACUCGACCAUCAUGCAGGAUGUGGCAGACACCUCAGGCAAGUUACCUGUGGGAAGUGGGAACCCGAGGACUGAGGAUGACUCAAACAGCACGGAGGAGGGCGGCUCUAGAGUACCUCGUCUCAUCCUGCUCAUCAUGACACUGACGGGCGCCGCCCUCCUCGCCCUCAACAUCUCCAUCAUCGCCUGCUUCGUGCGCCGCCGAGCCAUGAAUAGAAACCCCUCCAUGACGCUGUCAUCGAAAAGCUCGGCCUUAGGGUCGUGUGCCGCCACGCCAGCAGCGACACCCGCACUCAACUCGAACCACCACCUUCCCCUGACCACCAUGUCCACCAACAGCUUCACUAGUCCCCCAACAGGUUACCAGGAAGAAGAACAAACCAGACUAGAGGAAAGUGAACUAAGGACUCUGGCGACAGCUGAUGACUCGAUCACAGCCAACCCUCACGCCAUACCUUACCAUAACGGAGGAAUUAUUACCACCAAGAGCACCUACCUCGUCCUCAACAACACUACUCCCAAGACGAGUCAAGCGGCUACUGCUGGUCCCUCUCAACGAUGGAUCAGUGAGGACUCUUCAUCAUCCAGUGCAAGCGCGGCGUCGUCACAGGGAGGCGAAAUCUCUCAGUGUCAACAUGAUUUGGUUAACUUCUUGAAUGAGCCUGACGUGUGUUCGAUGGCCUCUAGUUUCUAUGAUAAUUCACUUCAGGAAGACCCCCAACGGAGGGGUUCGGACACUUACCCAGCUGAUGACCAGUUCUCUCUCUGUUCCAACCGCAGCAACAACUCCCGCGUCUACUCCCAGGGUUUCCUCCGUCCACUGUCAUCUCUUGGGAGUCUACAACAACAGACGACGCCGCAGUUGAUCCAAGAUACCCUCCAUGCACUCCCACGCUCGUCACAAACCCACCAACGCCUACGACAACAAAAUUCACUCGAGUACUCCAGUUUAAAUCCCUCUGGGCUGUACAACCUCAGGACUGACAACAUCGACCCCAAGCGCAGUCUCUUAUCAUUCACAUCAGCAGGCACAAGCACUCCCACAGGCUACACUACUCUCGGAGCCCGCGAGCGUCGGCCGGAGACCACCCAGUUCACCACCAUGCAGCGGCCACCGUGUCUGUCCCACGACCCACCUCCCACCACAAGCCACUAUGACAACCUUGACCUGGAAUCCCGCCUCCACUUAGACAAUCCUCGUCACCUAGCUAGUUUUAGUAACUUGCCUCAUGCCCACCACCAACAGGAAAACAGCGGAUCGUCGGGAUACAGCAGCAGCCCUCACCAGGAGGCCAGAAGCAGCUUAAUUAAUUAUUUGCGGAUGUCUGCUAGUGAGGGUGAAGGUAAUGUACCUGAGGGGCUCAGGGAGGAGCCAUUAGCCUCCUCUCCUAGUAGGAAUUCGUGUCACGACUCUCCGAACAGCAGUCCGCCUUCCACGUCGCGAAGAAGCUGAGGAAUGGCGCCACUGGGCAGCUACGAAGCUAGAGGUGCGGAUGAUGCGCCAGGGAGCUCACACUAUCACACAAACAGUGAAAACUCAAUCAGAUAAUGAACGACUUUUGAUGUGAACUGAAAACCUGAACUGUUGCUCUAAUAGAUAUUUCUUACAAAGGAAAAUAUAAUAGAAAUAAAGUACAGUAUAGGAAGGGCAGUGUGAACGAAGUGUAUCGUUAAGUCCCUUUAUCAACAUUACAUUUCUAUACUAACUUGAGUGUGUUUCCGACUUUACUAAAAAAAUGAAAAAAAAAUACAUAAAAAAAUCUCUUAUUCGUGAAAUUAGUUAUAAAAAACAAAACGAAUUAAAAACUUCUAACUGUGAUAUACGAGUGUUUGGCUCCAUGAUCAGUCACCAUAUUAGCUGUAGCUUUAACUUUGGUAAAUUAUAUACACCGUGACUGAUAGAGUUUGGUUUAAAUAUUUACUACUGACGGUGAUCAGCCACUUCUGCUUGCACUGCUGUUUAGCAUAAGUUCACCAGUAAGACAGAGGUAAGUUCAAUAAAAUCAUAUAUAUAUUUUUUAAUGGCAAAUAGAAACAUUUCUACUAAAACUCGUAGUUUAAAUAUAUUUUUGGCGGUAGUAGACGACGAAGGUUUUCAAUUUUAAAAUGUUAUAUUACGUUCAUGUAUCUAAAUAAUAUAAACAGGGAAUGAAGAUGUAUUUUACGAGAAUGAACAAGUUUAGCGAGAAAAGAUUAUCAAAUAUUCAUGAAUGGGAUUAAUUGAUCAGUACAAGUUUAUUUACUAAUGUAGUCUUAACACCGUCUAGAUGUCUCAAUACUCUCAGCUGAUCAUUGUUUCUUUAAAAUCAUUAGACAUUACAAUAUAUUCUAAUAACUAAUGGAACUACAAAUUGGAAUUUUCUUCGUAAAUGUUAAAACUAUGUGAGGGGGAUGGAACAUUUAAAGUCACUUAAUAUUAAUCAGUUUAGAUGUAAUCAAAAGAAGAAUCAAUAAGGGCUAAAGUGCCUUUGAAAACCUGAGUCAUAUGUUCAACAACUGCACUCAUCCCAGAGGGGAAGCUGUACCAUCAGUGCGUGCUAAAAGUGUUCACAUUUGGCUUUUACUGAUAACAAAGACUGUAAAAUUCAGACCAAAAUCCCCAACUAAUCAAAGAUGCACGAAAAGUUGUUUACUAUUAUUAACCAGUGAUGAACGAGCGACACGGACGUAAGAGUUAUAAUAGAACUACUCCAAGCGUUGAGGGAAG